AUGGCAUCCCUCUAUGAAGGUGGUUUUAAGUUAAACGUUGACGCGUCUGUUUUUACUGAGGCAGAAACCUUUUCUAUAGGGAUGCUUGUUCGAGAUCACCAUGGCUCGUUUGUAGUUGGGAGAACGAUGACAUUGCCUAAAGUUGAUUCGGUGUUUGAAGCAGAAGCUAUAGGGGUGAAGGAAGCUUUGUCAUGGCUGGUUGAAUGGAAGAUGGAUAAGGAAAGAGUGCAAGUCGAGACUGACUCCAUGUUGACUACUAAAGCUUUGAAAUGUCAAACCUUAAAUCUGAUGGAGGUAGGUGAUGUUAUAAAAGAAUGCUGCUCAAUGAUGCAAAUCAUGCCAAAUGUCUCUAUUAAUUUUGUUAGGAAUCAAGCAAACAAGGCAGCUCACCUGUUAGCUCGUUAUCUUUGUUCUGCUUAUGUCCAUGUGGAUUUUACGUCUCCUCCAAAUUGUCUGUUGGAGACCCUGUUAUCUGAUUUAUCCAAGUAA